UUGGGGUGCCACUACUAUCGAGUUGUUGUUAUGCCUAGACACCAUGUGUUUUCUUUUUUGUUUUAGGACACUGUAAUGUACGUAAACGAGAAAAGCUAUUGGAAAUUCAUUAGUUUGGUGUAUAAAAAUCUAUCUUAAACAAAAAGAACAACACAGUAAGAUCAAGAUCAUGGAGCAAAUAGAAAAUCAGGAUGCCUCGGAGAACGAACUCUCAUUAGCAUGUAAAAGAAAAAUAAAAAAAAAAAGAAGUAUUUCGAUAAAGUUGGGCAACCUCUCAUUGACAUAUAAAGAAGAAGCAACGCCACAGCAAAUGACAACGAACGUACAAGCAGUUGGCAGCGAGAUGAUCGAUGACUCAAGUAAAGAGGAUUAUAUGCACAAGUCCAUUUUUAAACAGGAACCUGAAAAUGUUGCUACAUUGUCCGAGAAGAACGUUAAGAAAAUUAAAGUUGUUCGAAAAAAAUUAAAACAAAAUAGAAAUGAAGAGGAAAUGAAAACAAAAAAUAAAAAGAAAUUAAAAAAUAUAGAAGUAAUUCAACAGCAAAUGACAACGAACGUAAAAGCAAUUGGCGAUGAGAUGAUCGAUGAUUCAAGUGAAGAGGAUUAUAUACACUGGUCUAUUUUUAUAGAGGAAACUGAAAAUUCUGCCACAUUGUCCGAGAAGAACGUUAAGGAAAUCAAAGAUGUUCCAAAAAAAUUGGAACAAAAUAAAAUUGAAGAAAAAGAUGUAAAGAUAGAUGAAAACAAAUUAAAAAAUAUAGAAGAAACGCAACAGCAAAUGACAACGACUGUAGAAGUGUCUCACAACAAUAUAAUUACUGAGCCAAAUAAAGCUGAUUGUAUACGCGUACCUGUUUAUAUCCGGCAAUCUGAAAAUUUUGCCACAUUGUCCGAGAAAAACGUUAAGGAAAUCAAAGAUGUUCCAAAAAAAUUAGAACAAAAUAGAAAUGAAGAAAAAGAUGAAAAGAUAGAUGAAAACAAAUUAAAAAAUAUAGAAGAAACGCAACAGCAAAUAACAACGACUGUAGAAGUGUCUCAUAAUGAUAUAAUUACUGAGCCAAAUAAAGUUGAUUGUAUACGCGUACCUGUUUAUAUCCGACAAUCUGAAAAUUUUGCCACAUUGUCCGAGAAAAACGUUAAGGAAAUUAAAGAUGUUCGAAAAAAAUUGGAUCCAAAUAAAAAUGAAGAGAAAAUGGAAAAGAAAAAUAAAAAGAAAUCAAAAAUUAUCGAAGUAACUCAUCAGCAGAUGACAAAGAAUGUGAAAGCAGUUGGUGGCGAGAUGAUCGAUGACUCAAGUAAAGAGGAUUAUAUGCACAAGUCCAUUUUUAAACAGGAACCUGAAAAUGUUGCUACAUUGUCCGAGAAGAACGUUAAGAAAAUUAAAGCUGUUCGAAAAAAAUUGAAACAAAAUAGAAAUGAAGAGGAAAUAAAAACAAAAAAUAAAAAGAAAUUAAAAAAUAUAGAAGUAAUUCAACAGCAAAUGACAACGAACGUAAAAGCAAUUGGCGAUGAGAUGAUCGAUGAUUCAAGUGAAGAGGAUUAUAUGCGCUGGUCUAUUUUUAUACAGGAAAAUGAAAAUUUUGCCACAUUGUCCGAUAAAAACGUUAAGGAAAUCAAAGAUGUUCCAAAAAAAUUGGAACAAAAUAAAAUUGAAGAAAAAGAUGUAAAGAUAGAUGAAAACAAAUUAAAAAAUAUAGAAGAAACGCAACAGCAAAUGACAACGACUGUAGAAGUGUCUCACAACGAUAUAAUUACUGAGCCAAAUAAAGCUGAUUGUAUACGCGUACCUGUUUAUAUCCGGCAAUCUGAAAAUUUUGCCACAUUGUCCGAGAAGAACGUUAAGGAAAUCAAAGAUGUUCCAAAAAAAUUAGAACAAAAUAGAAAUGAAGAAAAAGAUGAAAAGAUAGAUAAAAACAAAUUAAAAAAUAUAGAAGAAACGCAACAGCAAAUAACAACGACUGUAGAAGUGUCUCAUAAUGAUAUAAUUACUGAGCCAAAUAAAGUUGAUUGUAUACGCGUACCUGUUUAUAUCCGACAAUCUGAAAAUUUUGCCACAUUGUCCGAGAAAAACGUUAAGGAAAUUAAAGAUGUUCGAAAAAAAUCGAAACAAAAUAAAAAUGAAGAGGAAAUGGAAAAUAAAAAUAAAAAGAAAUUAAAAAAUAUCGAAGUAACUCAUCAGCAGAUGACAAAGAAUGUGAAAGCAGUUGGCGGCGAGAUGAGCGAUGACUCAAGUAAAGAGGAUUAUAUGCACAAGUCCAUUUUUAAACAGGAACCUGAAAAUGUUGCUACAUUGUCCGAGAAGAACGUUAAGAAAAUUAAAGCUGUUCGAAAAAAAUUGAAACAAAAUAGAAAUGAAGAGGAAAUAAAAACAAAAAAUAAAAAGAAAUUAAAAAAUAUAGAAGUAAUUCAACAGGAAAUGACAACGAACGUAAAAGCAGGUGGCGAUGAGAUGAUCGAUGAUUCAAGUGAAGAGGAUUAUAUGCGCUGGUCUAUUUUUAUACAGGAAAAUGAAAAUUUUGCCACAUUGUCCGAUAAAAACGUUAAAGAAAUUAAAGAUGUUCGAAAAAAAUUGAAACAAAAUAAAAAUGAAGAGCAAAUGGAAAAGAAAAGUGAAAAGAAAUUAAAAAAUAUCGAAGUAACUCAUCAGCAGAUGACAAAGAAUGUGAAAGGAGUUGGCGGCGAGAUGAUCGAUGACUCAAGUAAAGAGGAUUAUAUGCACAAAUCCAUUUUUGAACAGGAACCUGAAAAUGUUGCUACAUUGUCCAAGAAGAACGUUAAGAAAAUUAAAGAUGUUCGAAAAAAAUUGAAACAAAAUAGAAAUGAAGAGGAAAUGAAAAUAAAAAAUAAAAAGAAAUUAAAAAAUAUCGAACUAACUCAUCAGCAGAUGACAAAGAAUGUGAAAGCAGUUGACGGCGAGAUGAUCGAUGACUCAAGUAAAGAGAAUUAUAUGCACAAGUCCAUUUUUGAACAGGAACCUGAAAAUGUAGCUACAUUGUCCGAGAAGAACGUUAAGAAAAUUAAAGCUGUUCGAAAAAAAUUGAAACAAAAUAAAAAUGAAGAGCAAAUGGAAAAGAAAAGUGAAAAGAAAUUAAAAAAUAUAGAAGUGACUCAACAGCAAAUGACAACGAACGUAAAAGCAGCUGGCGCUGAGAUGAUCGAUGAUUCAAGUGAAGAGGAUUAUAUACACUGGUAUAUUUUUAUACAGGAAACUGAAAAUUUUGCCACAUUGUCCGAGAAGAACGUUAAGGAAAUCAAAGAUGUUCGAAAAAAAUUGGAACAAAAUAAAAAGGAAAAAAAAGAAAAGAUAGAUAAAAACAAAUUUAAAAAUAUAGGAGAAACGCAACAGCAAAUGACAACGACUGUAGAAAUGUCUCAGAACGAUAUAAUUACUGAGCCAAAUAAAGUUGAUUGUAUACGCGUACCUGUUUAUAUCCGGCAAUCUGAAAAUUUUGCCACAUUGUCCGAGAAGAACGUUAAAAAAAUCAAAGAUGUUCCAAAAAAAUUGGAACAAAAUAAAAAUGAAGAAAAAAAAAAGAUAGAUAAAAACAAAUUUAAAAAUAUAGAAGAAACGCAACAGCAAAUGACAACGACUGUAGAAAUGUCUCAGAAUGAUAUAAUUACUGAGCCAAAUAAAGUUGAUUGUAUACGCGUACCUGUUUAUAUCCGGCAAUCUGAAAAUUUUGCCACAUUGUCCGAGAAGAACGUUAAAGAAAUCAAAGAUGUUCCAAAAAAAUUGGAACAAAAUAAAAAUGAAGAGAAAGAAAAGAUAGAUAAAAACAAAUUAAAAAAUAUAGAAGAAACACAACAGCAAAUGACAACGAUUGUAGAAGUGUCUCACAAUGAUAUAAUUACUGAGCCAAAUAAAGCUGAUUGUACACGCGUACCUGUUUAUAUCCGGCAAUCUGAAAAUGUUGCCACAUUGUCCGAGAAGAACGUUAAGGAAAUCAAAGAUGUUCCAAAAAAAUUGAAACAAAAUAAAAAUGAAGAAAAAGAAAAGAUAGAUAAAAACAAAUUAAAAAAUAUAGAAGAAACGCAAAUGACAACGAUUGUAGAAGUGUCUCACAACGAUAUAAUUAAUGAGCCAAAUAAAGCUGGUUGUAUGUGCGUACCUGUUUGUAUCCGGCAAUCUGAAAAUUUUGCCACAUUGCCUGAGAAAAACGAUAAGAAAAUUAAAUAUGUUCCAGAAAAAUUCGAGCAAUCACCGGAACAAGUAGACAAGAACUCCCUGACAAAAUUGUUGACAGAUUCUGAAGAGAAAAUGAAUAAAAUAUUAAAUAAUGAGACCAAAGCAAUAAAGUUAUUAGCAGAUAUUGAAACGAAGGAUGAAUCGAUUAUCAUAAGAAAACAAAUUCGAGGUGAAGAUAAAGACAUUUCAUCGCCAGUAAUAUAUCGACAAGAAAUGAUGGAAAGUAGAGAUUACAAUCAUAUUACGUUACCGACAACGAAUAUCACCAAUAUAGAAACUGAUAGAGCAGUGGACAACCAAGUAGUUCCAAUGUUGACUAAAGACUUAAAUAAGUUGAACGAAGCAGAUGAAUCACUGGAACAAAUAGAUAAGGAAUCUCUGACCAAAUUACUGAUAAAUGAAGAAAAGACGAAUAAAAUGUUAAAUAAUGAGACUAAAGCAAUUAAGUUGUUAAAAGAUAUUAAAACGAACGAUGAAUCGAUUAUUAUAAGGACACAAAUUCGAGGUGAAGAUAAAGUAACAGAUGCUAAGAUAGAAAAUGAUGAUGUAAAUAACAGUUGUCAAAUUUCUGUAAAUAAUAAGAGUAAAGAACACGGAUAUACGUUGAACGAAAUCGUCGAAAAAGUUCAAGUUAUAAAGGUUGUAGAAGAAAACGAAAUCAAAGAAGUUGAAAAUACGGGUCCAGGUACAACUAGUAUCGAAACAUUAUCUUAUGGAAAAGUUGUAAUUUUGGAAAACAAUAGUAAAAUGACUAAUGAAACUUUGAUGGUAGAAGAUAUAUCUAACGUCGCACAUAAAAUUGAUAAGCAAAUUGUUUGGAAGAAUUGGAGGACUAUUUAUAUAGAAAACAUAGAAGCUACUAGAAAUUCAUUAGUUUGGUGUAUAAAAAUCUAUCUCAAACAAGAAGAACAACACAGUAAGAUCAAGAUCAUGGAACACAUAAAAAAUCAGGAUGUCUCAGAGGGCAAACUCUCAUUAGUAAGCAAAAAAAGAACAGGAAGUAAAAGAAAUGUUUCAGUAAAGAUGGACAAUCCCCCAUUGACAUGCAAAACAGAAGCAAUGCAACAGCAAAUGACGAACGUAAAAGCGUCUUGCGACGAGAUAAUCACUAAGUCGAGUAAAGCUGACUGUAUAUGCAUACCUGUUUAUACCCUGCAAUCUGAAAAUUUUGCCACAUUGUCCGAGAAGAACGUUAAAGAGAUUAAGGAUGUUCGAAAACAAUUGAAACAAAAUAAAAAUGAAAAGGAAAAAGAAAAGAAAAGUAAAAAAAAAUUAAAAAAUAUAAGAGCAGCGCAACAGCAAAUGACAACUGUAAAAAUGUCUCACAAUGAAAUAAUCAUUAAGCCAAAAGCUGAUUGUAUACGCGUACCUGUUUAUAACCUGCAAUCUGAAAAUUUUGCCCCAUUGUUCGAGAAGAACGUUAAAGAAGUUAGAGAUGUUCGAAAAAAAUUGGAACAAAAUAAAAAUGAAGAUAAAAAGGAAAAGAAAAGUAAAAAGAAAUUAAAAAAUAUAGAAGCAGCGCAACAGCAAAUGAUAACGACUGUAGAAAUGUCUCACAAUGAAAUAAUCAUUAAGCCAAAAGCUUGUGUACGGGUUUAUACCCCGCAAUCUAAAAAUUUUGUCACAUUGUCUGAGAAGAACGAUAAGAAAAUUAAAUAUGUUCCAGAAAAAUUCGUGCAAAAUAAAGAGGAAUUAAAAAAUGCAAAAGUAAUACAAGAACAAAUAACAACGAACACAAAAACGGCUGGUGUUGAAAUGACUCUUGUACCGAAUAAGAUUGAUGAUAAAAAGUGCGAGCUGAUGAAGCAGGACGCACACCUUCGCACUAAUCGACUGUACGUAAUUGAGAAGAUGAAACAGAAAAUGAAUGAAAAUGACGUAUCAUCUUACACAAAAAAUACUUCAAAAAUUUCUAAAGUUGUUAAAGUUUCUAGGAAAGAUUAUAUUACAUUACCGUCAGUAACAUUGCAAAUGAUAAGAAUGAAAGAAGAAGAUUAUCAUAUUACGCCACCACCGAUAAAUUUCGCCGGAAAAUCAGAUAAAUCAAUGAAAUUAUUGAAAAAAACUAAAGAAUACGAUAAAGACUCUUUGAUAAAUUUGAUGGAAGACUUUGAUAGCAUAAAAAAUAUGAUAAAUAAAACUAUCAUUAAAAUGUGGGAAUUAUUAGAAGAUAUGAAAACGAAUGAUUUGUGAAAUCGGCUGUGUGUUGUAGAAAAAUAAAUUUGAGAUAAAGACAAAGUAGCAGAUGAUAAAACAGAAGAAACUAAAGAAAAACGAUAUUUUUUUAAAAGAGUUUAAUAUUUUUACUUAAGUAUCACGAGACAGUACUUUCUAAUGCUACAAAAAAAUCACAGCAAAGAAAAUAUUAUCCACAAAACAUAUCAACGUCAACCGCUUGAGGA